ACCGCGCGCACACGCCCAUCGUGCUGGCCGCGCUGCUGCUGCCGCUCUGCUUCGCCGACUACGGCGUGGAGGCCCUGGGCGAGCAGGCGCUGCGUCGCCGCCGCCUGCUGCUGCUGCUGGGCGCCGGCGGCCCGCUCCUCUACGGCCUCUACAGCCUGGGCAGCUACCUGGGCGUGCAGGUGCUGCUGGCGCACGCCGGCGCGCUCAUUUGCCGCGGCCUCGACUACUUCAGCAGCCUGUGGAUCUGGACGUUGGUAGUUGGCUAUGUGUUGACUGUUUCAUUCAAGUGGAAUGCAAGCACUGAGCGCUACUUGAGAGCAGUAUCAAUUCCUGUCUGGAUUAUAUUGCUUUUUCAUUUAGCAUCUCUGGCUGGCUCAUGGAGAAUUCCAGUAUUCCUGGUUAUUGUUUUCCUGAUGUCUGUGGGUACCCUCUAUGAAAAACAGAAUGGAAAAGAGUGUUCUGGGGCAGAGUUACCAGGUCAAGUUAUCUCCAUGGCCGCUUCUACUCUGGCAACCUUGGCCAUCUCUAUCACAGGGUAUGAAUCAAGCACUGAAGAUCCGCCCUCGACUCAGCCGGCAGAAACCAUAGACAGAGAACCCCCUCCAACACUGUCCUCAUCUUCUUCACCCCCCUCCCCGUCGCCCACGCUGGGCAGGCAAAGGCCUGAAGUCGGAACGUUCCUUAGAAAGAAGAAAACCAGCGAUACCUACUUUGUGGCUCUCGUCUGGGCCAUCAUUGCAGUCCAGCUCUGGUUGAACCUGUGGAUCGUACAGCUGCUGCCAGUGCCGAUUGCAGUCUGGAUACUCAAAAAGCUUAUUAUUCACUUUGGAGUUGUGAACUUCCUGGAGAAACGCUGCUGCGUGUGGUGGCAGGUGGUAGAGCACUUCCUGAAGGAGCGGAAGGAAGCUCUAGCUCCGUGGCCAAUUAUCGGGCUUGGGAAAUUCUUGUUAAAAGUUGAUAGCAAGAUGAUCAUCUGGCUGGAGAAGAUGUUAGACAAAAUAAUUAGCAUUUUCAUCAUAUUUUUGUUAGUGAUAGGAACCCUUCUUUUAGCCCUGCUCCUGACUGCAAAGGUACAUCAAGAGAGCGUGCACAUGAUUGAAGUCACAAGCAGUUUGAUUAAUGAAACUCUGGCAAAUCACCCUGAGUGGGCAAAUUGGCUUCCUGAGGCUCAGGUAGUCCAAAGAGCCCUCAAUUCUGCUGCUAACAAUGUAUAUCAGUAUGGUCGAGAAUGGAUAACCCACAAGCUUCAUAAAAUUCUCGGAGAUAAGGUGAACAAUACUGCUGUGAUUGAAAAGCAGGUCCUAGAACUUUGGGACAGACUGUAUCAUUCUUGGUUUGUAAAGAACGUAACACAUUCUGGACGGCAUAAAGGACACAAGAUGCAUAUAAGUCGUCAGAAUAGCUGGCUGGGAGACAUUUUGGACUGGCAAGACAUCGCUUCCUUCGUCCACGAGAACAUUGAGACGUUUCUUUCCAUCUUGGAGUCUCUGUGGAUUGUUAUGAGCCGGAAUGUGAGCCUGCUUUUCACCACUGUCACGACGCUGCUGACCAUCCUCUUCUACAGCGGGACGGCCCUGCUCAAUUUCGUACUGUCUCUGAUAAUUUUCCUGACCACACUAUUUUAUCUAUUAAGUUCCAGUGAUGAGUACUACAAGCCAGUGAAGUGGGUGAUAAGCCUGACACCACUAUCUCAGCCAGGUCCUUCUUCUAAUAUUAUUGGCCAGUCUGUGGAAGAAGCUAUCAGAGGGGUGUUUGAUGCUUCCCUCAAAAUGGCUGGCUUCUAUGGAUUGUACACUUGGCUGACUCAUACUAUAUUUGGCAUCAAUAUUGUCUUCAUACCAUCAGCUUUAGCAGCAAUCCUUGGAGCAGUGCCAUUUCUGGGGACGUACUGGGCAGCAGUACCUGCAGUUCUAGACCUGUGGCUCACACAAGGCUUAGGAUGCAAAGCCGUUUUACUGUUGGUUUUUCAUCUCCUGCCAACAUACUUUGUAGACACUGCCAUCUAUUCUGAUAUCUCAGGAGGUGGCCAUCCUUACUUGACAGGCUUGGCUGUGGCUGGUGGAGCAUACUACCUGGGCCUGGAAGGAGCAAUCAUUGGGCCCAUACUUCUCUGCAUACUUGUGGUCGCUUCCAACAUCUAUAGUGCCAUGCUAGUGAGUCCCACGAAUUCAGUGCCCAUGGCCAACCAGACCCCAUGGCCUGCUCAGAAUCAGCGGACUUUCCGUGACAUUUCUGAAGAUCUGAAAUCUUCAGUAGAUUGACAUGGCUUCCACUUCAGUGGGUAUCUAGGAAGUUCAUCCUUGACCGUGAGUUCAGCUCAGCUGUGGCCUCCUGUCCUUUUGCUGUGCCUAGCAAGCAGAGCCUAGGGAAAGAAGCAGAAGUCUCCUGGCCCUCCAUACAGAAUGCGUGGACAAGUGCGAACUUGCUGUGGCUGCUUGGCAUUUUAAAGCACAGCUUUAGAGCUCCGAAAUGUGUGGUUUGCUCACCUAACUGUUGCUCAGAUGGCUUGAAAAGUUUCAUUUUAUACACUGGUACCAUGGCUUGAAAAUUUCCCCCUUUGCUUAUCUAUAUUAUUAUAAUAUGUAUUUAUAAAGUUAUUUUUGAGAGCCCUAAACUAAGUGCAUAUGAUGUAAUUUUUCUCCUGUUUUAAGAAAUCUGUUCAUAAACUUUUCUACGACAGUCACUUUUCAAUGCAAAGGGCUUUCACUCUUGAGUACGUAGUUGUUUGGGUAGGAAGAAGGUGCAUUCUACCCUCUUCCCACCGUGUAUGGUCCUCUCUAAGAAAGAACCAAUCUUCCCUCUAGGGCGGGUGGCUUCAUUUCAAGUUCAGUUAGUUGUGUGUUGUAACCAUAGGAGAGACAGACAGACUGAAAACCUUUCUCCCCUGCCUUCUGCAUCCCCCAUUACAAUGUUGCCAAAUUUCUAAAACUUGGCAGACUGACCACAUUGAAGUGAAAUAAGUGUAAGCUGCUAUUAAUGGUAACAAUAUGAUAGAAUUUAUGUUGUGAUUUUUUUUCUUUCCAAAUGUUUUAAGUGAAAAUCUCAGGUGCAGCAGUACUCUGACUUGUUAAAUGUAUCCCUGGUUCACCAUUUGGAAUUCUGCCACUUAGUUACUUAUGAAUUUUAUAUAUAUAUAGUAUUUCCCCAUCACUUAGCACAGUGCCUUGCACAUAAGACUCUAGAUGAAUGCUUGUUGAAUUACAUCUUGACUUUUAAAAUUCGUCAGAUAUCAUAGUAACCAGCAUAGUGCUUUACAUUUUAUAAAGUCUCUAUGCGUAUAAUUAUUUCACAACAACUUCACUUAACUUUUCAUACAACUUUGUGCUGUUUUAUAACAGUUUCACACAGAUGGGAAGCUAAGGUUCAGAAGAGUAACCAACUCGAAGUCAUCACGUUUAGUAAGAUUUGACCUCAAGUCUGACUCCAUAAGCCUGUGAACUCUCCUAUCCUGUAGUGUUUCUCCCACUAUCUUAUAGUUUUCUCAGUGCUGUGAGAUAGAAUAGGUGUCCUUGGACUUGUCCUACAGUUAAUGACAGGGCUGGGACCAGAACCCAACUCUUAGCUUUGUGCCCUUUCCACUGUAUAAAACAAUCCUCAGGCUUUUUCUCUGCCCCUAGGGUGAUAUGGAGGAGAAAGAGCUCUUAAGUGUCAGAGAUCACCUUUUUGGAAAACACUUAAAAGUAGAAAUCAUUUUUUCUAAAACACCUUCUCACUAAGACGCAUAGUGAUAAUUAGCUUAAAUAUAUCCUGAUAUUAAGAAAAACUCCAUCUAGAAGAGAGGCUACCCUGAGGUCUUUAUAUAGUAGACUAUGUGCAGAUCUCUUAUUUUUUUACUAUGAAUCCUUCCUUCAACAAUAAUAAUAUGAUAUAAUACCAAGUGUUACAUUUGGCCACUAAAUAACUCAUUAUUUUCUUUAGUUGUUUAAUCAGUUAUUCAGUAAAACAUUUGCAGAGAGUUUGCCAAACUUGAGGUUUCAUGCCAGGUGCUGUACAGGGUGCUGUGGGGGAUAACUCAUAAGAGGGUCUCCUCUCAUGUUAAAUCUUAGCCAGAUCAUAUGUAUUGCUAAAAUAAAAAUUUUUCAUUAAAGGGAUUAAAAAAGAAAUCAGGUUUGUUUUUGUUAAUAGUACACUGGUAAGUUUAUAGCUGUAAUUAGCACAUAUUCACAAGAGGUAGGUACUAUACACAAUGAGUUAGGGUGCAUAUACAGAUUAUGUUCUUUCAAAGUGCUUUUAGCUGUACAAAGUGAUAGUGCAAAAAACUAAACUUGAGCUAAUGUGUGGCUGUAGCUGGUCAUAAUUA